AUGUUCCACUCAGUCACCAUGCAGCAGCAGGGUUCGAAGAGCCUAGGGUUCAGCAUUGAGAGUAUACUCGGACUCGGUGAUAGUAAACAACAUCUAGACAAAACCACUAGACACGUGUGUGACACUCGAACUGGAAAUCACAGCGUCAUCGAUGAAAAGCGCAAGCCCAGGCGCAUGCGUGUCAGGACGAAUUUUAGUGGAUGGCAGUUGGAGGAACUCGAGAGGGCAUUUGAGACGACCCAUUAUCCUGAUAUAUUCAUGAGGGAGGCCCUUGCAAUGAGACUGGAUCUUAUGGAAGCCAGGGUCCAGGUGUGGUUUCAGAAUCGAAGGGCUAAGUGGAGAAAACAAGAAAAGAGCACAGGGACGCAGAAGAGAGACGGUCGAAUAUUCGGCGGAGGAAGCGUUGCCAAGCAGUCCACGAAUCCAUCAACUUCGUCUUGCGAUGAGUCGUCUGUUGUUGGCAGGCAUCCCGUCACCGCAAACUGUCACGCAGUGACGAGUUGUCUCCGAGGAAGUUCUUCAAAAGGUCUACCGUUCAUCCACGUGGUUCCCCGCAUCUUACCGCCCAUGGCCGCAAGGUCAACACUGUCGGCAGUUCUGGGUGACUUUGUGAUGGAUAAGAGUCCAGAAACCAGACGAAGCACCAGCAUUGCCGAACUUCGUGAGCGUGCAAAGGAGCAUAAGGACAACCUUCGCCUAGUCGGGUUCUCUCCUGUGUUCUCGUCCAGUCCUCAUUCUGAGUCCUGA